AUCUGGGUUAUUGAAAAAUUCAAAAUGGCGACUGCAGGCGAAGAUACAAACGCUAAACCUCAAUUCGUUUUGCAAACUCAGAAUAGUCAAGAUAAUCAACAACAGAUGCAGGAAAAGUCAGCAGGUGUUCCCCUUAGUGAUUUUGUUUUACAGUUGGAAGAUUACACUCCCACAAUACCAGACUCCGUGACAGGUUACUAUCUGAACAGGGCAGGUUUUGAUUCCAGUGAUCCUCGGAUCGCACGACUCAUUUCUUUGGCAGCUCAAAAGUUCAUCUCAGACAUUGCUAAUGAUGCCUUGCAGCACUCCAAAAUGAGGUCAUCUGGGCAAAGUUCAAAGAAACAGGGGAAGGACAAGAAAAUGACCCUCCAGAUGGAAGACCUCACCCCAGCCCUUGCUGAAUAUGGAAUCAACGUGAAGAAACCCAUGUAUUUCAUUUAGCCCCUUUUCGCUGUAAAUAUAGGUUGGAAUGGGAAUCAUGUUGGGGAUCAAUUUUUAAAAAAAUGAAGCUUGAAUGGAAAGGCAGCGUUUUGAGUGGGUGUACGAAGUUGUCGGACAGUUGUGCAUGUGUGGUGGGUGUUCAUGUCAAGGAAGAGGAGAGAAUGGGUUGAAAAUGAAAAGAUGGUUCUGAAUGAGGGAGUGAGUCAAGAAAAUAGUUCUGAAUGCCUUUUAAAAAAAAAAAGUUGUGCAUGUGGUUGUCUUUGAAGAUUUGAAAAUGAAUAUAUGUCAGAAGUGUCUAUGGCAGUUCCGUUGUCCCUUUAAAAUGAAAUAAAACUUUUAUUUGUAAGAUGAUGUAGGCUAUUUUUUAAAUUUACAGACAGUGGCAUCUCGUUACCUUAGAAUGACAAAGUUCUAUCUGACAUUUUGGGCCGUUUUGAGUGAGUUACUAAAACCACAAUGUCAGAAACCAAAUGUUCUUUCUGCUCUAUCAAAAUCGUACGAUUAUUCCGAGUCGUUAUCAAGGUAUUCAAAAAACUGCAUUCGAAAAAGCUUGACAUAAUGUGAAACUCAAAAUCCUUUGACGUCAAAUUUCUCAAAACUAGGUAUUGAGUAGAUAGAAUUUUGUAUUUCCGAGGUAGCGAUCUGCUUAAACUGAUACAAAAACAGUGGUGAACCAAAAGAAAAGAAAAGCCCCUAUUUUUUUUUCUCUUCUAUUUGAGCAACGUCGCUAAACCAAAGAAAAUUCAGCAGUCCUGCUGAAUUUUGUUUGAGCGGACUCCACCUCCUUACUAUCUUGCCGCUGAAGUGGAUCCUCCACUUUUUAGGUUACGGUAUACUAAUUUAGGUUAUAUGAAAUUUUCUACUUUUUUAUUUAUUGUUCCGUAACAUCUUUAGAAAAUUCUUGAUUUUUGGACAACUUUCUUGUGCCUGGUACUGAUGAUAUGAUGGAAUGAAUGUUAAUUACAGACAGAAAUGAUGAUAGUGGAAGGAAGAUACGAAAAGGCUGAAAAUGUAAAGUUUUGUAUAGUUUGAAUAGAAAAAUUGUUUGCCUGUGGGAUUAAAUUUGAUGUAAUGGAUGUCCUAAAUUAGUGACUGAGUGAGUGAACCCUGUACAUAAUGGAAUGGAAGAAAGCUUGUUUUUGGAAAAGGAGAAAGAUUGUGUAAUAAAUAGAAUGGAUCUGAA